ACAUUGUGGUUUUGAUUCUCUCGAACACCGCCAUGGACUACUAUAGCCACAUCGCAAAAUAACAUCAGACUUUUCGGAAGCGAGACAGUAGAUGAUGGUUGGAAGAGCGCAUUUAACUGGAAAAGACAGUUAAAUGGCAUCCUUUGCGAGGACAAGAGCAAGAUGUAUGUCAGAAGGAAAAGUGCAGUAUUAUCACAAGGAAAGGUAUACUUGGAAUACGGGGGAGGAUUAGAGGGGAAAAGAGAGGACGAUGAGGUCUAAGAGAGAGACGGAGGAAAAGGGUGUUUGAGUCAGUUAGAAAUGGCGGGCGGGAAAAAAGGAGAUGGUUUGUUUGUUUAAAGAAGAAUGGUAGAAAGUGUAAGCAGUGUGAGCUGUACAACGGAUAGAAGACAGGAGGAGAAAUGGAAGUAAAUGAGGGCGAAGUAUCGGAGGUGGUAGGUGCGGUAAAGUAAGUAAUCGGAGAUCGAUGUAUACACCGAGGAUCAGGAGGAAGAAGAAUCUGUGACAGUAGGAGUGAAGUUUAUGGAGAAAGUGGACUCUUGCCUUUUGGCUGAUCCAUGUGUGGUUUCACAGUGGGUGGAAAAAGAGUUUGGUCAUGUGGAAUCGGUGAGGGUAACUCGAAGUGGUCUAGUAAUAAUUGUUUGUGUUUCUGUUGGGCAGAGGGCGAAUGCGCUUGAAGUAAAACGAAUGGGGGUAAGUAAAGUGAAGUGUUUCGUAAUCAAGAAAAAGGCACCAAUGAAAGGAGAUCAAACUGGGCUAGGAGGAGAUAAUAGACGUUGACCAGUUGAAGGCAAAGAUUCCCGGUGUAUGUGAUGUUUGAUGCGACGCAGACAGGGUGGGGAAACAGAAGAGUCGGUGACUGUUCUGAGUUUUGAAGUAUAUAAGUUAUCCUGUAGGAGUGUAUGUGCCGAAUAUGUUAAGAUGUUACAGGUGUCAAGCUUGUGGGCAUGUGGCAGCAGUGUGUAGGAGGGAGGGUCCAAGGUGUGAGAAAUGUGCAGAAGGGCAUGAGACAAAGGAAUGUGUAGCAUUGGGGAAAGUAGUGGAAUGUGUUAAUUGUAGGGGUACACAUGGAGCUGGGGAUCAGAAAUGUCCCGUGCGAGAGAAGCAGGUUGAGGUUUCUAGAGUGAGAGUAGAGCAGAAGUUGUCAUAUGCUGAGGCAGUGGAGAAAGUAGAGGAAGAUGGGAGAAGUGGUGAGAGUAGUAGCGAUAUACCAGUACAGAGGGAUAGGGCAAAAAAUUAAAGAAGUUUCAAUAAGAUUGGAUUUUUAGCAUUUACAGCAAUGGUUAUUAAUUGUACUGCAGGAAUAGAUGGGAAGUCUCAGAAAAUUGUGGUUGCGGUGGCAGCUGCAGAGAGGCAUUUGGGUGUGCAGGAGAGUUACAGGAUGUGGUGACGUCCCAUCCUUUUAGGGUGAUGGCAUGAGGUAGAAAUAAAUGCAUUUAAUUAGUGGAGUAGGGGGGGGGUGUUAAUUUUAUUUUAUAUAAUUUUGAAAUUAGUGAAUAUAGUGUUAGAUGGUAGGGUAUUUAUUUAGUACAUUUUUCUAUUUUAAGUAAAGUAUACGGUCUAGUAGGUGGCAGUAAUGCAACAAAUUGGAUGCCAACCGUCGUUAAACCUCAGAAGAAGAAGAUGAAAGACCUCCAAUCGUCAACAUGACUGGCUGCGUUUUGCUACAAUCAUCAUUUAGUUUUCUAAGGACCCAUAAAAUAGAGGCAGUGGGAGAACCUUUUCAAAUACAGAGAGCUGUCAAAGCCUGUCCGCAGCUGAAGAGGUCCCAGUGAAUGUCCCAAGAGAGUGGUGAAUCGCAUCUCUGCAUGUCUGGCAGACAUAUCAGUGUGGAUGACGGAUCACCACCUCAAGCUGAACCUCGGCAAGACGGAGCUGCUCUUCCUCCCGGGGAAGGACUGCCCGUUCCAUGAUCUCGCCAUCACGGUUGACAACUCCAUUGUGUCCUCCUCCCAGAGUGCUAAGAACCUUGGCGUGAUCCUGGACAACACCCUGUUGUUCUCAACUAACAUCAAGGCGGUGACCCGUUCCUGUAGGUUCAUGCUCUACAACAUUCGCAGAGUACGACCCUGCCUCACGCAGGAAGCGGCGCAGGUCCUAAUCCAGGCACUUGUCAUCUCCCGUCUGGAUUACUGCAACUCGCUGUUGGCUGGGCUCCCUGCCUGUGCCAUUAAACCCCUACAACUCAUCCAGAACGCCGCAGCCCGUCUGGUGUUCAACUUUCCCAAGUUCUCUCACGUCACCCCGCUCCUCCGCUCUCUCCACUGGCUUCCAGUUGAAGCUCGCAUCCGCUACAAGACCAUGGUGCUUGCCUACGGAGCUGUGAGGGGAACGGCACCUCCGUACCUUCAGGCUCUGAUCAGGCCCUACACCCAAACAAGGGCACUGCGUUCAUCCACCUCUGGCCUGCUCGCCUCCCUACCUCUGAGGAAGUACAGUUCCCGCUCAGCCCAGUCAAAACUGUUCGCUGCUCUGGCACCCCAAUGGUGGAACAAACUCCCUCACGACGCCAGGUCAGCGGAGUCAAUCACCACCUUCCGGAGACACCUGAAACCCCACCUCUUUAAGGAAUACCUAGGAUAGGAUAAAGUAAUUCUUCUAACCCCCCCCCCCCCCCUUAAAAGAGUUAGAUGCACUAUUGUAAAGUGGUUGUUCCACUGGAUAUCAUAAGGUGAAUGCACCAAUUUGUAAGUCGCUCUGGAUAAGAGCGUCUGCUAAAUGACUUAAAUGUAAAUGUAAAUGUAAUUGUUUGGUUGUAUUUAAUUCAUUCUGGUGUUUUACUGCCAUAUAAAGAUUGCAUCUAUUGUUGGGCUGGAACAAGCAAUAGUCAACACAGCAGGUUGUUCUAUCCUAUUGAGGCCUUUUUCCUAUGUUGUAAUGUCCAUACAUUUUCACUCUUAUGAAUAAAGCUCUCAACAAAUUUU